GGCGGCCGUGCGGGCCCUGGUGGGUGAGCUCGACUCUCUCUUCACCGCCCUGGGCCUGCGGGAGGAGAGCUUCGCUGUGGGAGCCCUUAGCAGGGUGGUCGCCGCUGAGCUGGCAAGCUACGCCUCAGCCAGAAACAGGAGGAGAGCAGCCACCAACAAGGCAUCUGUCAUCUUCGUGGACAGGACGCUGGACCUCGCUGGAGCAGUUGGUCAUCAUGGUGACAAUCUUGCAGAGAAGAUUCUUUCUGUGCUUCCUAAACUUCCUGGCCACAAGACUGAUGUAAUGGUUAACAUGGUGGAACUUACAGCACUGCAGACCACAGAUGAAACUUGCAAUAUUAUAGCACCUGGCUGCUUAGCACAACCAAAUGAUCCAGCUGCCAAAGCUCUCUGGGAGUCUUUCAUGAACCUCAAACAAAAGGAGGCUGUGAUGGAGGCCAGGAGACACCUUGUGGAGGCUGCAAGCAGAGAAAAUUUACCUAUUAAGAUGAGCAUGGGCAGAGUCACCCCCGAACAGCUCAGCUCAUACAUUCAGCUUUUCCGAAACAAUCUCAAAGCUUUGGAGAACCACUGUGGUCUUCUACAGCUUGUGCUGGCCACAGUCCAGACUUUGAAACACCCCCAGACUUCCAAAUGGGACAAUUUCCUUGCCUUUGAGCGAUUACUUCUGCAGACUAUUGGUGAGUCAGAAAUGCCCAGUGUUUUGAACCAGUUAUUGCCAAUGAUCAAGUCCUACAACGAAAGGACAAAAGAUGAUUAUGCCUGUGAGGACUUCCUUGUUUUGCUGAUAUACAUAUAUUCUGUGGUUGGAGAAAUCAAAGGUGGAAAAGAGCUCGACAUAGCUGAAGAAAAGGUGAAAAGGGCCCUUGUCAAGGCAAUUUGUGAUGAGCCAGAGCCAUCUCCUUUGCUGCAGAAAAUUACAGGCUGUGACUCGUCACUGAACCUGACAUCUCAGAAAGCCACAGAUGCCGUGGACGGUAUCUUCCGGUCCCUCCGGGAUAUUGCCAGGGUCCGACUGCACAUGAAACAGUUCCAUUCCAUACAUAAUCCAGGCAGCAACACCCACCAGGCUUCUUACAAACCUCUGCUGAAGCAGGUGGUGGAAGAGGUCUGCAAUCCCGAUCGGCCCGAUCCUGUUGAUAUUGAGCACAUUUCAUCAGGCCUCACUGAUCUCCUUAAAACUGGAUUCAGCAUGUUCAUGAAGGUGAAUCGCCCUCACCCUGGUGAUCAUCCUCUUCUGAUCAUCUUUAUGGUGGGAGGAGUGUCAGUCUCUGAGGUCAAAAUGGUGAAGGAUUUGGUAGCAACACGCAAACCUGGUACCCAGGUAAUUGUGCUCUCCUCUGUGGUCCUGACACCACACAGUGCUGUGGAGCUCUUGUUUGCAUCAGACCGUCUCCAGCCUGACGCUCGCAUCUGACGGGGGAGGCUGUGGAGAAGAUGAGUGCCUUGCCUGGAAACAUCAAAUCUCUGCUCUGUCACUCUUCUCAAGAGCCCUCCAAAAACUGAUGUGUCAACUGCUGCAAUUACAGCUGCAGGUGAAACAGCAGGGUAUCUGGCUGCAAGGGAACACCUGCAGCUCAUGGGCAGCUCUUCAGAAUGGUCCAUUUGUCCAACAACCAACCUCCCCUACUGACGAUAGCACUGCGCAGUGCUGAAUCACUCCCAGCCUCGCUCAGCAUGGUGAGGGUGAUUGUUUGUAAUCAUUCCCAAGCAAAAGAGCAGCUGAGAACCAGGUGAUGCACCAUUUGCACUCCCCACCAGUACCGUUUUUCCUGAUGGUUUUGCUGGGCUUGCUGGUGGGAAAUGCUGCUGAGAGAGUGAGAGGUUAGCAAAAUCCACCCUCUGUCAUGCAACCUUGCAAGAUGUGUGCCUUAUACAAUGUUAACAGCAUCUACUCGCACUUUGUUCCUCACUCCAGAGAGAUCAUGGAACAGAGCCCUGAUCUGGCUGGCACACAGCUCCCAGCCUGGCCAUGCUCUCUCAGCAGGACUGUUGGAGGCAGGGAAGCAGAGCCAGACUCAAGGGCUGGGUUACAUGGCUGCUUCUCUCUCAGCCUUCAGUUUCCUGCUCUAGUUUCUCCCCCCACAGUCCCAGAAGAAAAGACAGUUUCUGAUGGCACACAUCUCUGUAGAUUUAUGCAGGAGGCCAUAUGGGCUGUGAUGGUUUGAUGAUAACCCCAAAAGAAUCCUCCCCUCACAUGCAUUUAAAAAAGAAGGAACAAAAAAAAUUUUAAAAAGGGCAUGAUCCCAUUUUCAAGAGGCCACAGCACAGAUUCUUUCUUGAGCUAGAUUUCUGAACAGCUUGAUUAGAAACAGCUUUUAUUUUUAAUUUAUGAUCAUGAAAUAGCUGCAAUCAAAUUCAGUUAUGUAACUUUUCUUUAUAAAAUUUUGCUACAAUCUGUGAUGGAAGAGCAGCAGCCAAUAGAGAAUUUCAUAUAGCACCGAGAUUUCUGAAUUGCAACAUAAAAUGGUGGAGCUCUAAAGCUGCAUCCUCUUACUUCAUCCAAGUAAUGCUACAACUACAUUUUACACUGAGAUGAGAAUGUGAAAUUAAGUGACAUUCACUCUAUCACAGCAUUCUUUAUUAUGCCAGAGUAGAAUAAAUGGGAAGUAGUUUUUUAAAUUUUGUUCACUAGCUAGCAUUAGUUCUCCUAAAUGUUUAUGGUCUUCAGAAAAGGGUGCAUUUUGGUUUAAAUUCAAUUUUGAGUGGCUGGAAGUAAACAAUGGACUGAUUAUAAAGCACAGACAAUGUCUCCUCUAUGGAAGAGAAAUUUAUAAGAAUGACUAUAGAAUGGAACUUUGUGCUAGAAAAAAUGAGAAAUGCUAUGAUUGCAAUAUUAAAAGCUCAAGGAAUAGUUUGAAUAGAGCAACUGGCAAGCAAGUAGUUGGUCUCUUGGUUUUUCUGUCAUUCUGUACUGUUCAAUCUUUCUUAGAAUAUGGUUGUUUCAUAAAUUCUGUAAUCAAUAAAGCAAUGCUCUCACAAUGCCAAACCUAAUCUGCCUUCUCCUUUUCUCCUAGUAUGCAGAGCUACACAUGCCAGAAGUGCAUAUUCCUGCAAUCCCUUUUACUUUUGCAUUAUUUGAUUGUCCCUAGGAAUCUAGACCGUCUAUCUUGGUCCUAGAACAUUUCCUAAACUCAGCUCAUAGCAGAAAGGCUUGCCCGUGUUCAGUGCCAUUGCUGAGCUCAGGCACUCACACCUCUGAGAUGCUGCUGCUUUCCUGAGCUGCUGGAGGCUGCUGUUGUGGUCUUCACCCCCUCACCUGUCUUUCAUCAAAUGCCCUCAGGUCUCUGACUUGGCCAUCUACUGUAUGGAAGAGGCAGGGCUGAGUCUGAGCAGACACCAGUGAUCUUGCACUUCCUCUGGCUCAAGCAGAGACAGACACCAGCUUCCCAGCCCACACACACUUUGGAGGAAUCUUCUCAGCCCAUGGGGCCACAGCUGUGGUAAUUGAUGCUGCUUAUGGACCAAAAGUACAGUGGAGACUUUCCAGUGGCCCUAGUGCAAUAGUAAGAUUAUUCAUUUGUAGGAGAUAGCUGUAGCAGCUACAGGAACCCUGUGCUGGGGGAAAAUGUGAAGGGAUGAGGGAUCUCCUGCCAGUCCCACAUGAGUAGAAACAGUACAGAAGAAAGUUGAAUGGGCAGGUGCAAGACCGUAGCAAAGAGUGUCUGAGUCCUCUGCCUGCAACACCAAGCAAUACUCAGAAGGCAAAAAGAGGAGAAAACAUAAAGCUACUCUUGGGAAAUUGAUUUACUUCUCUAUUAAUAAGCUAAGCACUAUUUGGUAUAAGCUCAGUUUUGUUUGCAACGCCAACCCUAAGUCACUUGGCUAGUAACUCGUGGUCCAAAAGAUUAUCGUCAGGGGCCCUGCCAGAGUCUCCCUGCAUCCCUGCAGCUGUGUGCUAACAAGGUGAGCCUGUAUGGCCAUCAGCCUAAUACCAGCACAAACAUCCCCCUCAGGCAGGCUUUUAGUAAAGCUACCUUAAACAUGAAAAGAUAGUUGAAGACUUGCAAUUUGAUUAAGGUCUUCACAGUGAUAUAGCUCAAAACAUAAAUUUUUGUAAAGAAAGUGGCAGUCAUAUAGAGUUAAUGUUCUUACAGGUUUUGACCUACCUCACACUAUUCCCUUCUCACUAAAGACCAAAGUAUUUUUGACAAGUGGAAAUGAAGAAUCCCAUUUUAAUUUGAAAGGUCUCUGCCUUAUUCAGUUCCUCUCCUACAGGAAUUUCUUAAAAGGAAGUUGUAAAGCAUUUGUGAGAGCAAAACCCCUGUGGUUUAUGCUAAUAAAGCAACAGCAUAGGCAGGAAAGGACACCUUGCAUUUUCUGCAGGGUAUGUUAACUACCUUAAGAAAGCUAUUACUUUGUCUCAGCAUUUCACUGGUUGUUACUCCUUGUUUCUCACCCCCAAAGAACAUACGAGGAAACAUGCAAUUCAAAAAUUUAAUGUUGUACCAGGCAGUAAGAAUGAAAAGUCCACUCCCUAGGAGGAGUAACUGUACACAAAAUAAAUAAGUUACAGUUUAAACAAAAGCACGACUGGCUUUUUAAAGUGCAUGUGUAUAAGGCCCUUAGGCUCUGAACACCAUUGGUUCAAUAUUAAAAAGAAUUAAGUAUUUAUAUAAAAUCUGCCAUAUGUUUAAGAAGGAAGAGGGUCUGGCUCAGCUCAGAACAAGCCAUCAGCUUCAUUGCCUGGAGCCAGCCAUGCUUCACACCUUUUGUUCUUUUUGCACCUACUGCACACAGGAGAGAGAGAGAGAAAAAAGGAUGUCUUAGAAUGGCAUCUGUAUUAGACUAUCACUCCACACACAUUCCUCAGAAGCUCCAUGUUGGAUCAUUUAGUCUGGAAAGUACUUUUUUAAGACAGUAAAAGUUGUUUGCAAUUAGAUAUGUUUACACCCUGUAGACAAUAGCUUUGCAUACAAAGAGUAAGGUCAAGUUGUCAGCAAUAACAUGGCUAGUAAAAAAAAAA